CAAGAAGCUGUAUGGGAAGCCGGGAGUGGCCGGGGAUCCGGGGCAGGGACCUACAGACCCCAGAGGGGAACGCCCUUGCCCCUGCCGGAGCCCUUCGGUGGCACGAAGUCCUCACUAUGCGCUCGCCGGCGCAAGCCCAAGGCCUCGCUUUCCCGGACCACCACGAGAGUGGGAAGCCGUCGCCACUGGACAACCAAGAAAGCAAGCAAAGGCGGGGAGAACGCAGCCGGGCCGGAAACACCGAUAACUGCUUCCGGGUCAGGGAAAAGGAGCCACCAUGGAGCCUUGCGGGGUUACGGGGCUGACGGAGCCGUGGGCCAGCGUGUAAAAAGAGGGAGGCGCAGGACGGCCAGCGCCGCCGGGGACCGGCAGGUCGGUCCUGUAGGCUGGUCCCGAAGGCCCGCGGCCGCCGCCAUGUCGGUGCUGGGCGAGUACGAGCGACACUGCGAUUCCAUCAACUCAGACUUUGGAAGCGAGUCUGGAGGUGGCGGGGACUCGGGCCCGAGCCCCAGCGCCGGUCCAGGGCCGCGAGCCAGCGGCGGCGUAGCGGAGCAGGAGGAGCUGCACUACAUCCCCAUCCGCGUCCUGGGCCGCGGCGCCUUCGGCGAGGCCACGCUGUAUCGCCGCACUGAGGAUGACUCACUGGUUGUGUGGAAGGAAGUGGAUUUGACCCGACUGUCUGAGAAGGAACGUCGUGAUGCCUUGAAUGAGAUUGUUAUUCUGGCACUGCUGCAGCAUGACAACAUUAUUGCCUACUACAAUCACUUCAUGGACAAUACUACUCUGCUGAUUGAGCUGGAGUAUUGUAAUGGCGGGAACCUGUAUGACAAAAUCCUUCGUCAAAAGGACAAGCUGUUUGAGGAAGAGAUGGUGGUAUGGUACCUAUUUCAGAUUGUUUCAGCAGUGAGCUGUAUUCAUAAAGCUGGCAUCCUUCACAGAGAUAUAAAGACAUUAAAUAUUUUUCUGACCAAGGCAAACCUGAUAAAACUUGGAGAUUAUGGCCUAGCAAAGAAACUUAAUUCUGAGUAUUCCAUGGCUGAGACACUUGUAGGAACUCCAUAUUAUAUGUCUCCAGAGCUCUGCCAAGGAGUAAAAUAUAAUUUCAAAUCUGAUAUCUGGGCAGUAGGCUGCGUCAUUUUUGAACUGCUUACGUUAAAGAGGACAUUUGAUGCUACAAAUCCACUCAACCUGUGUGUGAAGAUUGUACAGGGAAUCCGGGCCAUGGACGUUGAUUCUAGCCAGUAUUCUUUGGAACUGAUCCAAAUGGUCCAUGCAUGCCUUGACCAGGAUCCUGAGCAGAGACCCACUGCAGAUGAACUUCUGGAUCGCCCCCUUCUCAGGAAACGCAGGAGAGAGAUGGAGGAAAAAGUCACACUGCUUAAUGCACCAACAAAGAGACCAAGGUCAAGCACUGUGACUGAAGCGCCCAUUGCCGUGGUAACAUCGAGAACCAGUGAAGUCUAUGUUUGGGGAGGUGGAAAAUCCACUCCCCAGAAACUGGAUGUCAUCAAGAGUGGCUGUAGUGCCCGGCAGGUGUGUGCAGGGAAUACCCACUUUGCUGUGGUCACAGUGGAGAAGGAACUGUACACCUGGGUGAACAUGCAAGGGGGUACUAAACUCCACGGUCAGCUGGGCCAUGGAGACAAAGCCUCCUAUCGACAGCCAAAGCAUGUGGAAAAGUUGCAAGGCAAAGCUAUCCAUCAGGUGUCCUGUGGUGAUGAUUUCACUGUCUGUGUGACAGAUGAGGGUCAGCUCUAUGCCUUUGGAUCAGAUUAUUAUGGCUGCAUGGGGGUGGACAAGGUUGCUGGCCCUGAAGUGCUGGAACCCAUGCAGCUGAACUUCUUCCUCAACAAUCCAGUGGAGCAGGUCUCCUGUGGAGAUAAUCAUGUGGUGGUUUUGACACGAAACAAGGAAGUCUAUUCUUGGGGCUGUGGCGAGUAUGGACGGCUGGGUUUGGAUUCAGAAGAGGAUUAUUACACACCACAAAAGGUGGAUGUUCCCAAGGCAUUGAUUAUUGUCUCAGUUCAAUGUGGCUGUGAUGGGACAUUUCUGUUGACCCAGUCAGGCAAAGUGCUGGCCUGUGGACUCAAUGAGUUGAACAAACUGGGCCUGAAUCAGUGCAUGUCUGGAAUCAUCAACCAUGAAGCAUACCAUGAAGUUCCCUACACAACCUCCUUUACCUUGGCCAAACAGUUGUCCUUUUAUAAGAUCAGAACCAUUGCCCCAGGCAAGACUCACACAGCUGCUAUUGAUGAGCGAGGCCGGCUGCUGACCUUUGGCUGCAACAAGUGUGGGCAGCUGGGUGUUGGGAAUUAUAAGAAGCGUCUAGGAAUCAACCUGUUGGGGGGACCCUUAGGUGGAAAGCAAGUGAUCCGGGUCUCCUGCGGUGAUGAGUUUACCAUUGCUGCCACUGAUGAUAAUCACAUUUUUGCCUGGGGCAAUGGUGGUAAUGGCCGCCUGGCAAUGACCCCCACUGAGAGACCACAUGGCUCUGAUAUCUGUACCUCAUGGCCUCGGCCUAUUUUUGGAUCUCUGCAUCACGUCCCAGACCUAUCUUGCCGUGGCUGGCACACCAUUCUCAUUGUUGAGAAAGUAUUGAAUUCUAAAACCAUCCGUUCCAAUAGCAGUGGCUUAUCCAUCGGAACUGUGGUUCAAAGCUCCAGCCCAGGAAGUGGCGGCGGUGGCGGUGAAGAAGAGGACAGUCGGCAGGAAUCUGAAACUCCUGAUCCAAGUAGAGGCUUCCGAGGAACAAUGGAAGCAGACCGAGGAAUGGAAGGUUUAAUCAGUCCCACUGAGGCCAUGGGGAUCAGUAGUGGGGCCAGCAGCUCCUGUCCUGGCUGGCUUCGAAAGGAGCUGGAAAACGCAGAAUUCAUCCCCAUGCCUGACAGCCCCUCUCCCCUGAGUGCAGCUUUUUCAGAAUCUGAGAAAGAUACCCUGCCCUAUGAAGAGCUACAAGGACUCAAAGUGGCCUCUGAAGCUCCUUUGGAACACAAGCCUCCAGUAGUUGCCUGGCCUCCUCGGCUGACUCCUGCAGUAACUUGUGCUGGGAAGGGAACACCGCUGACACCCCCCACCUGUGCAUGCAGCACUCUGCAGGUAGAGGUUGAGAGAUUGCAGGGUUUGGUGUUAAAGUGUCUGGCUGAACAACAGAAGCUACAGCGAGAAAACCUCCAGAUUUUUACCCAGCUCCAGAACAAGAAAUUGGAGGGAGGGCAGCAGGUGAGGAUGCAUUCCAAAGGAACUCAGACAGCAAAGGAAGAAAUGGAAGUAGAUCCAAAGCCUGACUUAGAUUCGGAUUCCUGGUGCCUCCUGGGAACAGACUCCUGUCGAUCCAGCCUCUAGUCUCUUGAGCCUGUAUAGCCCCAGGAAACUGGGGUCCAAAGAACUUCACAGCACACUUACCGAAUGCAGAGAGCAGCUUUCCUGGCUUCGUUCACUUGCAGACAAGGAGCACAAGGCGGAGGCUCUGAAGCACUUUCCAUGUACAUGUGGAGAGUGGCAUUGCCUUUUAGAUAGGAUCUAGGAGUGAUUUUAUUGUUUUGGAGAAUAGAAGGGCCGCGUGGCCCUGGCUUUGUCCUCAGUGACUGCCAUAGCAAUAGCAGCUCUGUACCUCAUCUGGUGAUCCCACCUUUGAAGAGGAGACACAAUGCUCACCUUAAUUGCGCUGGUAGCAGCUUAUAUCCCAUUUAUCAUUUUCACCAUUAAUUGGAAGCUGCCUUGGGAAUUCAACACCAGGCAUUGCACCUCUGAGUGGCGGAGGGACAAAUGUAAAGCUGGGGUGGGCUGGAACCAGGUGUGGCCCAUCCAGGGUCAUCUGGACAGUGUUGAAGUGUGCUGAGCCCUCUCAGGAACUCUGAGCCCAGGAAAAUAUGUCUGGUGGAGUCAACCUAGGGCUUGUUUUCAGAAAGUUCAGUUACUUCGUGCAGCUAAAUGCUUUAGGAGGAGAAGUGGGCUUAGAUUGCUUUUCCUCUGAGGAUUGAUUGAAAUGUUGUCAGUGAGAAGUAGAGAAGGACGGGCAGGUCCCUCCUCAUCACACAGCUUCAGGUUGUGGCCGAUGCAGUAUGGGAUUUCCUAGCUUUGGAAGAUACCACUAAGAGAUGAGGUGAAGAAUUGAGUCAGUGGGGCAGUAGGAAUGGCCCUAAGAGAAAAUCACGAGAGGAGAGGAGGUCCUCCUUUAGCUGCCUCUGCUUGUACCUUGGAGAGGCCUAGAGUGACUCAGAGAAGGUUUGCACCUCUGCCUCCAUGGUUCUUAGCGUUCUAAUAUUGACAUCAGCAGCCCCAACCACUCCGUUUCUGUAUGUCUAGUCAGUAUUUUUCCCCUUUUGGUGUUUUAUGAAGCCCGUAUCAUUGUAACUGGUGAAUCUUUAUCAUCUUUCCUACUUGAGUGGCCCAAAGCAGGUACCAAACUCUGGGAGUCCCUGGAGUCUACCAGAACAGAUAGAACCUGCCAAGUGAAAGGAAUUGGCUGAGAGCUUACUUCUGAUCUUGUACUCAUUGUGUCCUUGUAGACAGGAGCAAACAUGCCCAAAGAGAGAAAUAGUAUCCGAAAAGAACAAAACUUCACAGAUAAAAUUCUGAGCAAGCAUUUGAUGGUUUCUCUAAGGAUGUAAGCUUUGUAUUUCCACCUAGCCUUGUGAAAUGCUCCUUUAGUAGUUUGGAUUACAGGGGCUGCUUUGAUGAGUCUCACAUCCUUCUUCCCUACAAAAGCUAAAUUUUCAUUUUCCCUAAACCAAAAAAUGAAUGUUUGAUAUCUGUUUAGGGCUGUGAGAGGACCUGUGCAAUGGAAAUUUUGCCAUUUCCCUUAACCCAUUGGUGUAAAGGCUGCUGCUCGGGAAAACCCCAUGCUGGGUAUGGGCAACUCUGUUCAGUGGGAUCUUUGGUAUGAUGUUCCCAUUGUUUUCUCAAUUCUGGGAAGCCUAGUACAACAGUACUAAUGUAAUCACUGAAGCUUGUUCUUGAAAUAAGGGAAGGAGCCAUCCCUGGAUUAAAGUUACAAAUUCUGAGGACUUGGGAUUUGCUAUAAACCCUAGCAGUGGGUUUUGGUUCAUCAUGUAAAUGCAACUUUGAUUUUUUUAAGGACUGACUGGCCUUUCAUGUUCCUGUAUCCCUCACCAUCUCAGCAGGCCUGAGAGGCAGGGUCAGUUUGGGUGUUAAUCAUAGUAUCGCUUCUGCCAUGGGACUGAGGGACACAGGCAUGUUGCUAAGACUGUGGGAUGAAAGUGACAGUGAAGGGCCCAGAGCCCUGCUGUUGUUCUCGAGGGUGUCAUUCCCUAGCAGUGGAACACUGUGGUUGUUUGUUCUGGCAUGUUCUCUUAGGAAGUCUAGGUUUACUAUUAAUCUGGCUGAGAAUUUAAGUUCUGUGCCUUAGAGACAAUUUGCACUUUCCCGAAUUGUGCCUGGGACAACUGUAUGAUUUUUCCCACCAAACAGCUAUGCAAACAGAAACCAGUUCAGAGGUGGCAGGUAUCCGUACAUUGGAUGAAGAAUGAAAGGUAAGGCAGUGGAAGUGCCUUUGAAUGAUUUUCUGCUGCUAAUUCCCUUUUACAUAUUCUCCCAUGUUUCUUCUUCAUGCAGUGCUAGGUGUUUUAAGUCUUCCAGUAGUAUUGCUUUUGAGUUAUAAUAUAUCCUGAGUUACUCCUCUGCUCUGAGAUUGUUGCUGAAGAUCUAGCUUAUUGUUAGCCAAAUGUUUGAAAGGUUGAGGGUGGAGUGGUUUGGCGUUUCUGUUUUAAAUAAACAUUUAAACUCUCAACCAGUGCUAUGCCUCAGUAAGCCUGCGCGUUGACCUUAGUCACUGGGCAUAAAACGUCCAGAUUCUAGGCCUUCGUGAAUCUUCGAUUCAGUGAUUUUUUUAUAUAAAUAAAUAAAUGUUCUUGUAACAGAAACAGUGCAAGAACACUUACACAGAAAUAAUUUUUGCUUCUUUCCCAUUUCUUAUUCUUGCCAGCAGAGUCAUUUCUACUACCAAAUAUUUUUCCCUAAAAAAAUAGCAUUGAAAGUGCAGAGGGAGAAAAAUAUGAACCAUUAAAAGAGAAAGGAUCAUUUCUUGUGCUUCUCAACUUCAGUUGGGCUUUCCCAAGUGAUAAUGCCAGUUUAUGUUUAUAGAACUGUUUUCCUUCAAAGAGGCUGAACUGUAUUUGCUCUUCCUGGCAUAGGACAGGAAACCCUGGUGGUGUAGUGGUUAUGUGCCAUAGCUGCUAACCAAAUGCUUGGUAGUUCGAAUCCACCAGGCGCUCCUUGGAAACUCUAUGGGGCAGUUCUACUCUGUCCUGUAGGGUCGGUAUGAGUCGGAAUUGACUCCACGGCAACGGGUUUGUUUUUGUUUUUGGCAUAGCACAACCAAGUCAUAACUUUUCUUGACCUAGCAUUUCACUAAAGUUGAAAGCAAAAGCUGCCUUAAACUCACAUUUGCCAUAUAUUCUGAUAUAUUCAUAAUAGAACAAUUCAGGAGUGAGGAUAUAUUUUAAACAAAUCCAUUCAUUCAAAAGAAGUAUUAUUCAUAAUCGUGUCUGGGCAAAGUGGGCUACAGUCAGGACUAUGAGCCAUGUUCCCUCCGGCCUUAAAGCCAAAGAGCAUCUCUUGCUUCCGUGAUUAACUAUGGAAAUAAUCAUGAACAUUAGGGAGAAUGUCACAUCGCUGCUACCUCUGCCAUUAAAUACAAAACUCCACUGCUGUUAAGCGACAGUAUGUCAGCACAUCUGCAUACACUGAAAUGUUUCCAUGUGAAUUUCACCAUGUAUUCCCCAUUGCUUAACCUUUUAAACUUUAAAAUUUAUGUUUACUUGCUCUAAAUAUUCUUGGACAUAAUAUAAAGUAUGGCUACUAACUAGCAGCAUCUAUUUCUCCGUUAUCCGUUAUCAUUCUCUGUGCUAUCCAGGAAGAGACUUAGAUAGAAAAAAGGUCCUUACCACUUUCCAAAGACCUGAUCAAGCUAAAUUUGAAAGACUUAUAGAUAUUUCUAAUAUAAUCAAGGCCUAAACAUUUAGAGAUCAAAGGGAACACUAAGGUGUUGACUGUUGUCUUAUUUCUCUAGCAACAGAGGAAUUAGUAACUGCUUCCUUGUGUCUGUAGAAAGCACUCCCCACCCAUACUUUUGUUCUCCCUGAGAGUCCUGAUGAUAUCAUGGAUCCCAAACCCAGGUGUCUGAGGGGUGGGCAGAUGAGUGAGUGAUGUGGGCCAGGAGGGCCAUGGCAAUCUGGAGCGCUCCUGUCCUGUUAGAAGGAGCAGUUGAUUCUGAACUGCACCCAACUGGUGCUAUGCAGGGUAAUUGGCCCAGUGUUUCCAGAGCUUCCAGUUUUUUAAGAGAUGCUCCAUAUCCCAAUUUGUAAAUGUCAGAUCAUAUUUUUAAUGCUGUGCCAGCCAAAUAAAACAUAUCUGUGGGGCAAAGCAAGGAGCCCUGGUGGCGCAGUGGUUAAAACACUUGGCUGCGAACCAAAAGCUCAGCAGUUGGGACCCACCAGCUGCUC